AAUAAAAAUAAAAAUUAUUCAUGGAGUUUGAAAUGAUACAAAUUUAAAACAAGUUGAUAUUUAAAUAGAUAACAGAUUUGAAAAGUGAACUAUCGAAUAAACUGAAAAAACGCGCUCACGUCCCAAGUCUGUCCGGCGCGUCGUGGUGUUGUCCAACACAAAUUUUUUUCUCCAAUUUAAAGUCUAUUGAUUUAUUAUCGUUAUCUUAAUAAUUAUAUUUGUUAUUAUAAUUAAUUUGAGUAUUAAAAUUCGAAUAAUUACUUAAAUUAUUAUAAUGAUUCAAUGCCAGAGAGAUUUUAAUUUACAAUUUAAAGUAACUGUGUGAACUAGGUGUUGUUGAAUGAUUAUUAACUAAACAGUUCGAUAUUAAUUGCAGUGUUGUUGAUAAAUUUUUCAAAUACUAAUUAAGUUAAUUAAUCUGGAUCAAUAAUUAUUUAUUGUGCUUGUUUUAAUUAAUAAUUCACAAUGGUUAAAGGACGAAGAAAACGUGGCUCUACAGUCAAUGCUGUUAUUACUCGUUCAUCGGCCUUAGCAGAAACAAAUGGGUCAAUUGUUUCGCCGUUGAAAAAAGAAAUAAAAUUGGAGAAGGAUCAAGGAGAGAAUAGAAAAGUUGGUAUAGGUCAUAAGAAAAAAAAUAAUUCAUUGAAAUCUCCUGUUCCUAUUACGUCAUACUUUACAAAGACUAAUGGAUUUAACAAUAAAAUAUCUAAUGAAAGGAUAUCAGAAAAUAUCAAAACAGAAGAUAUGUUUUUUAAAGUAAAACCUGAUAUUAAGGAAGAAAAUGACAAUAAUUCUUCAAUUAAAGAGUUAUUUAAAACUGAUGAAACACCAGUGGCAGUACCAUGUCAAAAUCCGUCCACACCUCAUCGGAUUAAUAUGACGACAGUAGUAAGCGAUGAUUCGGACACGCGAAGUUCAACAGAAAGCAAUGACUCUAAGCCUAUAGUAGAAACUGUUAUCAAUGGACAAGCGAAAAUUGAUAAAGAAGUAAGAAAAAAAAUUAACGGAAAUGCACGAGGAAAAUUGAAAUUCACAGAACCUAUUAUUAGUUCAUCAGCUAAAUCUGCAGUAGCAAAAACAAAUCACAAAGUAACUGAGUACUUUCCUGUACGACGUAGCGUUAGAAAAUGUAAAAAGACUGUACUUGAAGAGAAGCAGCGUGAUCUUGAGAAUAAAGUACUGUGUCAAGUAGAAGAAGGUUUGAUCGUGAAGCAUUUUGUUGGUAAAGGACGUGGUGUCGUUACGACACGUGAAUUUAAAAAAGGUGAAUUUGUUGUUGAGUAUAUUGGUGAAUUGAUUGAUCAAGUUACUGCUAAGAAACGUGAAGCUGAGUAUGCUAAAGAUAAAAAUACUGGUUGUUAUAUGUACUAUUUCCAGCAUCGGAGUCAUCAGUAUUGCGUUGAUGCAACAGCUGAGAGUGAAAAACUCGGUAGACUAGUGAAUCAUUCACGUAAUGGAAAUUUGAUAGCUCGUGUUGUGGAAGUUGAAUCAAUACCGCAUUUAGUAUUAACAGCUAAGGAAGAUAUUCCUGCUGGUGUUGAACUAAAUUACGAUUACGGUGAUCGCAGUCGCGAAGCAAUUCAGAAUCAUCCUUGUGCAUCUGAUAAUAAAAGUAGAACACUUCCAAAGAAAAUUCCAAGGAAGUUCUUAAGGGCAGGAUUUCUUGAUACCCUACAUUUACGAGUUAGAGCAGGUACAGGAGGUAUGGGUUUCCCGAAAUACGGUGGAGUUGGUGGUCGAGGUGGAGAUGUUGUUGUUGUAGCUACUGAGGAAUUGUCAUUACACCACAUUGCUGAAAAAUAUCGUGACAGAAAAAUUAUUGCUGGUCAUGGCAACAACAGUGAAGCGAGAGGUAUUAUAGGUAAACCUGGACAAAAUGUUGAAAUACCGGUACCUUUAGGUGUCACUAUUUACGACUCCAAUAAAAUUGUCAUUGGUGAAGUAGAUAAACCGAAUUCAAAGUUAGUGGUUGCUCGUGGAGGAGUCGGUGGAUGUCCAGAGACAGGAUUCAGUGGGCAGAAAGGACAAAAUCAUGUAAUAACUCUUGAUUUAAAGUUAAUUGCUGAUGUUGCUCUAGUAGGUUUUCCCAAUGCUGGUAAAAGUACUCUUUUAGCAUCAGUAUCAAAUGCUAGACCAAAAAUUGCUGACUAUCCUUUUACAACAAUUAGACCUAAUUUAGGUAUCAUAAAUUAUCCCGACCUAAGAAAAAUAUCUGUAGCUGAUUUACCGGGACUUAUUGAAGGAGCUCACGUUAAUAUUGGGAUGGGUCACAAAUUCCUAAAACACUUGGACAGAACAAAGCUACUUGUUUUUAUUGUUGAUGUCCAAGGGUUCCGUUUAUCACCUCGACACAGUUAUCGUGACUGCAUGGAGACAGUUUUUCUGCUGAAUAAAGAGAUAGAACUUUACAAUGCAGAUUUGCUAGAUAGACACGCUAUUCUUUUAGUUAAUAAAAUGGACACUCAAGAUGCUGAUAAAAAAUUCAAAGAAAUAGAAGCUAUGUUACGAGAUCUAAAUACAGUAGCACGCGAGAUUCCUGAAGAAAUAAGGCCUGAUAGAAUAAUUGAGUUCGAUGAAAUUCUUUCGACAUCAUUGACUACUAACAGAAAAGAGCAAUCUGCGAUAAUUAAAGAACGAAUACGGUUUCACCUUGAUAGAAUAGCCAAAAUUGAAGUUCAACGAAAUGAAGAGAUACGCGCUGAAUUAGAGUUGUAUGAAAAACUUAAAUCUGAAUCACGAACACAUGCUCCUACGAUGAUGAAAAGAAGAAAAAAUAGGAUGCCGACGGCAUCAGUUUCAAUAAAAACAAGUCCAUUGGCCUCCAAUCCAUCAUUAGCAGUAGCAACGGCAGCUGCAGCUGCUGUUGAAGUAGUUACAACAACAACAUCAACAGUACCAUCUCAGAAUGCAAACUGCGAGCCAUUGAGAUUAACUUAUCUCAAACCAUCGUUCAAUAAUCACGAGUUAGCAUUAGCAGCAAGGCAAGAUUUAUGGCAUAAAUUUAUUAUCUUCAACGUGGGUGAAUACUCCAAAGAGACUAUUUUGGAUUCCGUAUUAUUAACGUGCCAGCCAGAAGUAAUUCUGGCUCUAAAAUACCAAGUUGACAGUACUAAAAAAGCAACUUUUUUAGCUAAAUGUACUAUUGCUGCAAUAGAUACUCUAGUUAAACAAGGAUUGAUGAUAAGAUUACCUGAUGAUAAUAUUUUAAAACUAGACAUUGUUUUAGGUUUUGUAAAUAAUCAGAAGCUACCGCUAAAUUUACAUCGUAUAGUUGUUGAUGUUUUGAAUUCACGGUGGGAUGGUUCUAAAAAAAUACUUAAUCUUGAAAACUUUCAUCAUGACAAGCAGUUUGGUUCACUUUAUUGUCCAUUAUCAUCGUCCAGUGUACUUGUUUUUGUAUUUAAAUGUUGUAAAAUGCGGAUGGGUAAUUUACGAGACAAUAAAUUACAGAUACGUGAAUUAAAUUUGCGUAACAAUGGUUUACUUGGAAUACUAUUAUAUGAAAAACUAUUUGGAUUUACUCUAACGAAAUUAGAUUUAAGUCACAAUAAAAUAGAAAAUAUUGAUUAUUUAAGAUAUUUUUCAGAAUUUAAAAUUACAGAAUUGUGGCUGGAUGGUAAUCCAUUCUGCAAGCAGUUUAAAAAGCCUGAAGAUUAUAUUCAAGCUGUUAAAUUUGUAUUUCCUCAUAUACAGAGAUUGGAUGGUGUAAUAAUAGGCGUUAAACAACAAUUAAUGCCGCCGUAUCAUCCAUAUUUUUUGAAUGACGAAUCUAGAAUAUCUCUAGUGCGUCAGUUUAUUCAGCAUUACUUUACUCUGUUUGAUCAAAAAGACCGGACUGAUUUAAAUGGGAUUUACGAGUCUGAUGCUUUUUUCUCAGCAACAUUUGGAGACAUUGCUAAUCCGCGACAUAGACAGCUUACUAAAAUUAUUAAUAUCAACAGGAAUCUAUUGAAGGUCGUUGACUACUCAAGAUGCUACAAAUAUUUGCUGAGUGGUGCUGGGGAAAUAAUUGAUACCUUAAGGCGUCUACCGCCUAUGUAUCAUAAUUACAAAAAUUUUACAGUCGAUAUUCUCCAUCAGGGUGACAAUCAUCUGGCAGUCAAUAUUCAGGGACCAUUUUAUUACCGUGAAUUUCCAAUUUCACUCUACUUCAGUCGUACAUUUAUUCUUGUAGAGAAAGACGACCGGGAAUUUAGAAUCGUCAAUGAUCAGUAUCACAUUCAAAGUGGAAAUGCAACGAUGAUGGAAAAUAACCAGAAUAAUACUGGACUGAAUGUUAUACCAAAUUUCAUUCCUACUUAUUUGGGAGAAGGCGAAAAAAAUGAUCUAGUUAAAUUUUUGUCGAAUGUUAGUACAAUGAAUAUGGAAUAUUGUCGUGAAUUUCUCGAACAGUCUGAUUGGAAUUUACGUGAUGCGAUUAGUAAAUUUAUGAAAUCUUAUACAGUAAAUGACAUAUCUCGGAAAGCAUUUGGAUCAAGGCGUUGAAAAUUAAUUUUC